GCUCUUUGUCAGGUCGCGCGGUGAGGAGCAGAGCAUCUUUCUCCUCCUCCUCAUUCACUCACUCUCUCUUCUCAUUGCCAUAACAACGGAUGCAGCGCAUCAGUCCGCUCGGGAUCAACGUUCAUCAGCCGCGCGGGGCGGAAUAAACCCGCACCGGUGCCGUUAAGACUCCGCAAAGGUGACACGCACGCACGCGCCUCUCCGAACUAUUUACGUCAAACCGGUUAAGCUGCUUGAGGGAGAUCCUCACCGAGGUUAGUCGGUAACGGUACAACCGGGGAAGGCGAGGGAAGAAGGAGAAGCAGACAGCAGGAAGUGCAGCGUGGGAAAGCGGGGAAAAUCUCUGGGGAUCUCCAGCGCUCAUUUCUGCAUCUACGGUCCUCCCCGUUAUAUUUUUUUUUCCGCCAUGGCUCGGGAGAACGGAGAGGCCGGCGGGGAUUGCUCGUGGAAGAAGCAGGUCGAUGAUAUCAAGGAGAUGUUUGAAUUCAAGGAGGUGCUUGGGACGGGUGCAUUCUCAGAGGUGGUCCUGGCAGAGGAGAGGUCCACGGGAAAGAUGUUCGCUGUGAAGUGCAUCCCUAAAAAAGCGCUGAAGGGGAAGGAGAGCAGCAUCGAGAAUGAGAUUGCCGUUCUACGCAAAAUUAAGCAUGAGAACAUAGUGGCGUUGGAGGACAUCUAUGAAAGCUCCAAUCACCUCUACCUAAUAAUGCAGCUUGUGUCUGGAGGCGAGCUGUUCGACCGGAUCGUGGAGAAAGGUUUCUACACGGAGAAAGAUGCCAGUACGCUUAUCAGACAAGUACUAGAUGCUGUAAACUACCUCCACAGUAUGGGAAUCGUACACAGAGAUCUAAAGCCAGAGAAUCUGCUCUAUUUCAACCCUCAAGAUGGCUCAAAGAUCAUGAUUAGUGAUUUCGGUUUGUCUAAGAUGGAGGGGACAGGUGAUGUCAUGUCCACAGCCUGCGGAACGCCGGGAUACGUGGCUCCAGAAGUUCUCGCUCAAAAGCCAUACAGUAAAGCUGUGGACUGCUGGUCUAUCGGGGUCAUUGCCUAUAUCCUAUUGUGUGGUUACCCUCCCUUUUAUGAUGAGAAUGACUCCAAACUCUUUGAGCAGAUCCUGAAAGCGGACUAUGAGUUCGAUGCACCAUACUGGGAUGAUAUAUCUGAUUCAGCAAAAGACUUCAUCAGUUGUUUGAUGGAAAAGGACCCAACAAAGCGAUACACAUGUGAACAGUCCCUUCGACAUCCCUGGAUCGCAGGAGACACUGCACUCUGCAAGAACAUCCAUGAGUCUGUCAGUCGACAGAUGCGCAAAAACUUUGCAAAAAGCAAAUGGAGACAAGCCUUCAAUGCCACGGCCGUGGUUCGCCACAUGAGGAGACUGCAGUUGGGCAGUAGCAUGGGGAGCAGCAUGGACCAAUCAAACAAUGCCAACCAGAACCGUAUACUGAACGCCAACCAGACUCCAAACCUACCGCCGAACAACACUGCGGCACUUACCCAAAACCACAAACCUGCUCCCAACGCAAACGCCGUUCUCAUUAACGAUGUGGCCACAGGAACCACCUCUAUACCACGCAAAGACUGUACUGCCCCUCCCCACACUUCCUGUUCCCUGGCAUCAGCUGCUUCCUCCUCUGCCUCAGGGGCGGAGCCCUGCAGGCCACUCCCUCCCUCAGUUGCGUCGGUGAGCACAGUGCUAACUGGGACCAAGUGACGCCAGGUUCUGCGGGGAGAGAGCUGGGAGGCCACUGCCCUGUGAGCCCCGCCCCUCAGCCCGCUCCCCGCCCUGCCGUCCAAUAAGGCAGAGGACUGACCCAUCACCAUAGCAACCACCGAGAGGCUCAAAACACUGCGUGCACCUAACGCACUCCUGCCAUUUAACCUCCAGGCCACUAGAGGGUGCGAUGCAUGCAGCAGCAGGAGACGGAUAUUUCCAGCAGAAGGCUUCCAUUUUGAGAAGUGAAUUUGUGCGGCUGGACAGAACUGUGAUGUCUUUGCUAUGAAUGUGCUAAGAACCUCGCCAGCCAUGAAAAAAAAAAAAAAAAACGAAUGAAUAGCGCAGAGGUUUAGUUGCGAAAGCGUUUGCAUGAUCGUGUCCGCCCUUAUAGGAGGACAGCGCCAAUGUCAAAUGAUUCUUCUUACUAUAUCGUAACAUGUCUAGCUCUUCCCUCUUUCCCUUUUUUCCCUGUUUACUUUCUCUAUCUACUCACGAUUUAUUGUAUUUCUCGUUAGCUACCAUUUUGAUCUUUCGGGGUUUUCCACUGAUGUGUCACACUGACCUGCAGAAGUGCUUUUAAUAAUCACGUUAGACUGUUCUGCGACAUUUUUCGAGUCGAGACUUCUGUUUGCACAUUUAUAUGAGAGAACAGGUAGCGCAAUUGCUAGUGUUUUACGAGAUGGGAGAUUACCGACUUGCGACCUCGCCGUCGGGUUUUAGCAUCGGGAAGUUCAAGAUAUCUGUUAAAACAUGCAAUAUGUUUGAUUGUUAUCUUACCUUACUGGACUUUUUUUUAAAAAAGCAGAGAGAAAAACAGCUUGAUCCUGUUACUCUCUGCUACAAACGUGACUUUAAAUUCACACAGACAGUCAGUGUUAGUUAUUGAUUAUAGUAUAACUGUUAAUACGCAACACAAAUCUCCCGAAAAGCCAUGGCAGCGUCUUUCUACGCCCAGUGUACGAGUUCUCAGGGAAUUCCGCAGCUGCACUGGGCAACAUAGUGAUGGUAUCUUUAGUAAAACCUCCAUGGUUUGAGAUUGUCUCAUUCAGCUGGAAUAAUGUCAACAAUUAGGAUGAUGGACAGCUGUUUAACUCUCACAACGACUGUAUGACAAUUUGACCAUGCGGGAAAACUGAUAUGUUAUGCUACGUUCACGCCGUUUCGGAAUUAGCCAACCGUGAUUACAAACUCCUGAUAAAGAGCAAAAGUCAGGUUCUGGAAGUAAAUCCCAUCAGUUUUCUCAAUUGGAGAUUUGAUUUUUAACCAUAACUUAUAAGCCUUUAAUCACCUACUGUGAGCUACGAGGUUGUUUAUCGAUGGUAUAUGAUUUUUCUAUAUGUAUCAAUAGCAUUAUUUCAAAGUUUUUUAAUGAUAAUGUUCAACAGUGGGAGUCCUAGUGAAAAACUACAUUACACACUAAAACUACACUCCCAUGAACCACUAAUCCUAAUGACUGAUGUAAUCUCCCUACACUUUCAAACUACUUAAAUAUUUGUGUGUAUAUAUGCACAUAUUUUGCAAUAUACACAAUCAUACACAUCUUUAAAUCAAUAUUUUUAUAUUUGAUGUUUUAAAUUUUUUGUUCGCAUUGCUUCAUGGGAUCGUAGUUAUUUUUAGUUUUUUUUUAUCGUAAAAAAAACUUUUUGCUUCAAAUCAAAGUUUAUAACGUUGUGAGUUACCUCGUCUCCGGUUGGUUUGGUUAAUGACUUAUAACUUUUAAACGGGGAUAAUGAAUGGAAAGAAUACUUCCGGAUCCAAGGCUGCUGAUAAACUGGGUGGCCACUAUUGCACUCUAUUACACAUUGGAAACAAGUUAAGGGCGAGACUGACCGUUUUAUUCAACCAAUGGCAGACGGAGGAGUGUUUAGGACACCUGUUACUAUUUCUGCAACAUUUUGUGAUGCUAGUGGCAUAGAAACUUCACUUUAAAGGCAGCUUUGUAUAUAUACUGCUAAAUAUUUCUAUUUGAUAUGUCAUUUUAUUAUAGCCAGCAUAUCAUGGUGUGCUUUCUUCGCUCUUCCUGAUUUUGCAAAAAAAGUGGCUAUUUAAUGUGGCGGUUAAGUAUUUUGCAGUAAAGUCAUCAUUAUGCAUUUUCAUGUUGCGGAAUUCUGACUCAACGCGAAUGCAGCAUAACUUUCAGUGACUGUAAACAUCUUUCCAGUACGACUCAAAGUGUCUGAAUUUCUAGCAUUGGUUUAAGGGCUAAGUUAAGAUUUUUACACUUCCUUAUUGAUGGGUGACUGGUCUUCUGUCCCCGAACGGCUCUGCUUAUUAUGUCCUGUCGGGUUUUUAAAAUGACUGAUGUCUUCUUUGCCCUUUAUGGUUUGUUAAUAUCACAGGAGGGAACCUUGUCUACGGACAAGAUUUAAGAGUGUGUGACAUUUUCCAAAGUGUCAUCAAAUAUCUUCAUAUAUUUCCCAUUAGUUUCAUUCUGAAUGUUUGUUUCGGUGUGGGCUGUGCUUUACCGUGAGGGGUUUGAGCUAAUGGGUUUAUUUUUCAGUCAGGUCAUGCAUGCACCAUUUUGUCUUCAUUUUCACACUCGAGAGGAGUUCAUAAUCUCACAACGGAGAUGUGCUGCAAAGCAUUUCACGAAACUGGGGCGAUGUUAUGAUUUUGUAUGUCACGAAAGCUGUUUUCUUUGAGAGUGAACCAUACUGCACAUUUCUGUUUCAUUCAGAGCCAUUUAUGCUGUACGUAUGAGGUGUCUGAUAAGUAACAGUUGUUUAAAUGAAUGUUGAGCUCUUUUGAUAGUAUCUGUGGCAUAAUGUUGAUUACCACAGGAAAUCAUUUCAAUUAGUCUCUUAGUUUGCAAGAAUAAAAGUCAACUGUAUAGAAAGGCAUAAAAAGGGUUUGAAGGCACUAGAGGGUUUUCUUAAAGCACCUCUAUUAAUUUUUCUGUACACCAGUUAAUCACCUAGUUAACAGUGGGACGACUGUCCUAGACUUGUAGUUUGAUGUUAUCUACAAUUUGGUGUAGAAACAAUUUUUACUCAGAAAUUGCUAGUAAAUUUCACAGUAAAUUGUAAAGAAAUGGCAAAUAACGCAUUGAAUUAAAAUGUUGAAGUAGAAAGCCUAAAAUUAUUAUUUUAUCUUUUUUGUAAUACGUAUUCCAGUAAUCUAAAAAAAAAAAUUAAAUACAAUUGCAGUGUUAACAUUUACUUCAUUGCCAUUUCUUGCCCCUGUAGACUUUCAUUGUAAGUGCAUUACUAUAAAUGUCAUUUUUGCUUCUUUUUAUAAACUGAAGGACAACUAGAGAUGAUUUUCUGUGGUAACAGGGCUUAACAUUUUUGGCUUCAGUGUUCAUGUAGUCUGUGUUUGUAAGUGUCACUUUCUUCUGUAUGUAUUUAUGGGUGUAAAAUGCAGGAAAUUUGUCCAAUAUGCUGGUCUUGAAUUUUUUAAACCCUCAUUUAGGAUGUGCAGAAAAAGUAUAAACCAAAAUAUGGGGUUGUUUUGAACGAAGAUCAAUAAACCUAUAUAUAGUUAACUGGCACUGCAAGCCAAACAUAAAUGUAUUUUAAAUCUAACAAUUAAAUCUAUGAACUAGCUAUAGUAAUGAAAUUCAGUAAAUACAUGCACACAUGUGCCAUGACUCACACACAAACACACCCUGAUCAAUCAGUGAGUGCAGUGAAGGUCAGACAGGAGUGAUGUUUCAGUUCACUUCGAUUACAGCUUCACUGCGGUCUGUCUGUGUCCAGAGCAAAUCACUCUGUGUCCAAAGGCUUUGUAAAUAGACUGUGGUUGUGACGUGUCUGUCAUGUUGUCCCUGAGGAGAUGUUAGUGUGUCCGUUGCGUGUCUCAUCUCGUUCUCUAAACACUGCCUUUCUCUGCAGUUAUUAGCCACACUUGACUGUAAUACACACAGAUGUAUAUUCACAAACCUGUCUCUCGUUCAAUGUCGUACGUUCCGAGAAAAUCACGUUUCUAUUGUACAAACUUCCCACGCGCAACAUGGUGAAUAUUUAACGUCCUUCCCUGGACUAAUUGUUUCCGGAUGUUUUCUCUUUUUUUUUUUUUCUUUUUUUUACCAACUCAGGCGUCACUUUUGCCUCUUACGAUGAAAAAGCUGUGACUGACAAGUGUCUGUGCUACCCAGUGACUGUGCAGUUUUAAACUUCUUUGCAAAUUAAGAAAGAAAAAACCUUGCAACUGCAUUGAAUGAUUUUAUAAAGAACUGCGAGCAUGUUAAAUGCGCUUUCCGAUUCAACUGAUUGUUUGUGUAUUUUCAAAAGUCCUCACCAUGUAACUAUAUGUAUGAAGAAAUAUGUCUAUAUCUAUAUGAAUAUAUAUUUAAAAAAAAUGUAACUCUGAUAAUGCAGGCCUUGUGAUCUCUGCAUCUCUGACACAACCUGUCCGAAAUAAAAGUUGCCCAGUGAAAUGUGAAUUAUAUACUCAUAUGCAUGUGACAAUGAUGAUCAUAUUUUGGGAGUGGCAUACGAAUACUAACUUUACUGUGACGUGAUCUUCUGUUGACAUGGAGCUUGUAUAUCCAAUGCCUUUGACAAUCAUCUGCACAUAUCAGAGUUUAUAUUCCAUGCUGUAAAGCAAUGGGAAAUGACUGAUUGUUUUUUUCCUUUCUUUUUCUUUCCUUUUUCCUUAAAUAAAUCCUGAAUGACCA